AUGCGCUCGGACGACAUCGAUGUGGACUUGCCAGUGCUGUCAGAGGCGCUCCGUGAGGCUUUUGAGCCAUCAAAUGAGGUGCUGGCGGCGAGUCGCAAACGCGGGAUAGUGAACCGUUUUAACAACUUCACGUUGAUUGGCAUUGUUGGCAAGCUUCUCAUGCUUGGGACUCGGUUUCCCUUUGUGUUCAAUGACUACUUUCUCAACAACCUGCGGUGCCUCGGAAUGCUCGAGGGGCUCGCACUGAAUGCGGACCCGAAUUUCAAUGUUCUCGGCGUGGUGUACCCAUAUGUGGCAAAGAAGAUUCUGACGAACUCGAGGCCGAGAUACCGACGAACAUUGGAAGGGUUGGUGAUCGAUCAGUAUGGAAGAAUGCGGUGGUCGAGGAUGGACCGGUUGCUGCAGGACGUGCAGGACACGGCGGCGACGACAAGCGGCAAGCAUGAAGAGCACAUGAUGGAUCUGAUCCGGUUUAGCGACUCCAGGCCAGCGGCGUUGCCCAGCGGUGACGAUGAGAGUUGGAAGGAGAGUGUGAGGGAGGGCGGGAAUGAGAAUAAGAGGGCGGAAGAGAUAGCCGGGCCUGUUGGGACUUUGAAAAGACGACGCAGGAAGGAGCGUGCGAUGACGACGCAGAAGAACUCUGCAGACCUUGUGCUGGGAUUUAUCACGUCGUCGCACGGGCAAUUUCUGCGUAAGUACAUCAUCCAGCAGUACACAAUGGACAUGGCGAAGCGGUGGCGGAGGCGGAUCGACCGUGUGACGUCGUGGAGGUCGGACGCCGGUGAGGGGGUCAAACCGGAGAACUCUAGUUCAGAUUCAUCAACAGGGUUGGUCGGGCGAGGUCGGUCAAAAUAUGACGUACUGCACCAGAUGGCGCUGCGCGCAACGGAGCGAGAGCUAUCAGACGACGAAGCGCGGCUGCGCACGCGGCUGUUCUUCCGACGGACGCCGAUAUCUAAGCGGUUUCACGUGCUGGGGCGGCUGGCCCCGGGCUUUGUGCUUCCAGUGUUGGGGACGCUGCUCGGGCUGGUGGUGUACUUUUUGCAGCGGGUGUUCGGGCUCGUGCAGGAGCGGGGGCAAGAUGGGGAGGACGCGUUCGCCAGGGUGGGAGUUGGGGCGGAGGGGAACGGGGCCGUGAAGGAUGAGCGGGCGGAGGGCGAGGUGAGGAGGUGGUCGAUCGACGAGGAGGAGCGGCGCUUGCAGUCGUGGCAGCCGCUCGACUCGGUGUUCCUGAAGCGCACGCAAGCGACGCCGCGGCGGGAGGCGUCGUCCUCCUCGGCGGAGGCGGCAAAGUCGAUGGGGUGAAGCGGGGCGCGAGGAAAGACGUAAGGCGUGCGUAGUUAAUUUAAUAGUAAGGGUGUGUGAAGGCGACGCCGUUGAGAUAGU